AUGACUUGGAACCCCAUUAUUGGAGAACUAAUCUCUGUGUGGUAAGUCCAGCCAUGUAAUCUAUUGUGUAACUAAUUUUGUGUAAUAGUUUGUGUUAAAUGGCAAAAUCUGUAAAGUAAAAUAAAAUAAAACUAACUUUCGUUUUUUUUUUAUUUCAGCUUCAGGAAAAAGGCUUUGAAAGUUUCAAAGGGAAGAAGAGGUUGGGAAUGGAGGGUAGGUAUCUGUCUAUGGAAUGUGAGUGCAUAAAACUACCAAAAUAUAUUACUCAAGAUUCAUAAAUGCGCACUUUCGCAUCCUUUCACUGGUUCCAGUUUGUUUGUCGAUCUGCAAGCCUGUUAUUGUUCAUACUGUGUAUUUCGAAUGAGUUGGAACCCCGUUAUUGGAAAACUAAUCUCUGUGUGGUAAGUCCAGGCAUGUAAUCUAUUGUGUAACUAAUUUUGUGUAAUAGUUUGUGUUAAAUGGCAAAAUCUGUAAAGUAAAAUAAAACUAAUUUUCUUUUUUUUUUAUUUCAGCUUCAGGAAAAAGGCUUUGAAAGUUUCAAAGAGAAGAAGAGGUUGGGAAUGGAGGGUAUGUAUCUGUCUAUGGAUUGUGAGCGCAUAAAACUACUGAAAUAUAUUACUCAAGAUUCAUUAAUGCGCACUUUCGCAUUAAUGCGCACUUUCGCAAUGAAAUAAUUUAGAUUGUCCCAGGCUUUGGGAGACGCUAAAGCUAUGCAAAAAAUAUUUGGUGGCCCCUUUGGGAACAACUCUCCCAAAUUGAGUUUUGUAGUGCAAUUCUGCGUAACAACUUAUUUGGACGAUUGAUCAAAGUAAGUUGGAAGGAUAUAGCCCAAGCAUAGAUUAAAGUGCGUGCAAUGAUUCAUUAUUUGGCCGCUCAGCACUUAACCACCUUAACUCAAUUACUUUCACCACACCAGCAUGUGAUGUAGCUCUUGGGACCGUCUCCUUCCUUGGUUAUAACUGUGAACAACGUGGGCAGCAAGAUAUUGUUCAAUCUUGUUAAACAGCAGGCUCAUAAUUUUUAGCCGUUUCUCGUCUGGUAAGACUUCGUCUUAGUUGUCCAAUUAGCUAAAAAGUAAUGUAACGAAAAAUAUGAGCAAUUUCCGAUGGAUUCGCGAACUUGGGACGAGUAUAUUGCCAUGAUUUUAGAAGCAUAAUCAUUAAUUUUAAUCUCAGUUUUGCUUGCCCAUGGAGGGUUUUCGUCAGACUUUCCUCUUUUGGUUGAUAACAUGUUACGACAUGGUGUGUCCAGGGGAUAUAUGUAUGCUCGUCCUCGUCUGGGAGACACUUUUAAACUUUGUUUGAAAGUGAGUUAGUAAAUUCUUGGACUUUAUACAAAGCCCGGUAACUGCAACAGCAGGAGCCAACACUGCGGGCACGUUUGUAUCAAAUUACAACCAGUUAGCGUGAGAAUAAGAUUAUGCGAGGUAAUACAUUUUAGAAUUUCCAGAGGGCCCUGAAGGGGUAAAAUGGGAACUGGGAUUGAUCUAUUUUUAGACUGGGAAAAUGGGAUUUGGGUUGCUGGGACUGGGAUUUGGCCACCGAGAAUGGGAAAUGAAGUCCUCAAAAACGGGAAUGGGAUUGAGGUAAUGCGUGUCGAUGCCCAAUUUUUCUGCGUUUUGAGUAUUCUAAAAUACAAUUUUGAUCCGUUUUUGGUGUCUUCGGUCAUGAUUUUUGUUGUGAACUAUAUUAUUCACAGCACUACCUGUGAACAGGCAUACUCUGGCGCCCGGAAUUCUGGGUUUUCUGAUUAUGCGUGUCUCAGAAUGCUGCAAAUGCCAUUUCCUGGAUUCAAAUUAAAAAAUUUUCUGUGCUUUCGGCACGAGCACCCACUCAUAUUUCAUAAAGUGUCCGCCACUUGCUUAAAAGGUCUUAAAACUGUUUAUUCUACCGAUAAAUAAAGGGUUUUUUAUUGACUGGGAUUUCAAUAACUGGGGCUGGGAUUUCUAAUAAGAAUCCAACUGGGACUGGGAUUUUGCCAAAAUUUCAGGUGGGAAAUGGGAUUGGGACCCCCCCUUCAGCACCCUCUUUCCAUGAUCAUAUAAAGUUUGUGAUGUGCCUAUUCUGUGACUUACAGAACAUUGUACUUGCAUGCAUUAAGUACGGUGAAAUGAAUUCACAUGCAAUAAUUAAUCAUUUGCCAUUUGUAAUUACGAUACUAGCUUUUAACGCGGUAAUUAUCACUUAUUUACUGAGACUGAGGGAAAAAGUGUGUUUUGUGGACGAAGCCGAGGGAAACAUCGACGGUCGAGGGUCCACAAAACACACUGCUUUCCCCGAGGUCUCAGUAAAUAAGUGUUUUAUUAUGAAACAACAAAUUAAAAACAAAUGAAUGUAAAUACAUGAAAUAUCUUAUUGUUAAAACGUUAAAUUUAAUAAACACAUUUGCUUAAAUAGCUAACAAAUCACAUGCUUUUAGGCAUGUCCAAAGGUCGCAUCUUCACGUGAUGGCGCACCGGUCGAUAAUGUAUCGUCUCCCUCUCUCGCUGUUGUGAGGAAGACAGCCUAAUUUCGUCACUCUCACGUGAUAUGCUCUCGACCAAUAAAACACAAGAAAAAAGCGACUUUGACUAUUGAUAUAUAAUAAUACCGUUUACCUAAUCUUGCCCCCAUGAGAAGGGAUAAUUGGACAACUAAUUUUCGUUUCUUUUUUCCAUUUCAGCUUCAGGAAAAAGGCUUUGAAAGUUUCAAAGCGAAGAAGAAGUUGGGAAUGGAGGGACUUCAUGAAAUUAUUUUUCCAGGGCAAAAGUUUGAGAGUAAGUAUCUGUCUAUAGUAGUGCUGUGCACCGGAGCCGGAGUGCCGGAGCCAGAGUUUUGGCCUAUUUGCCGGAGCCGGAGUUUGUUCAGCUCCGGCAAAGCUCCGGCAAAACUCCGGCAGCACUUAUUUUUUGGAUUUUGUGCUGCAAACUACUGUCGGACAUCGGUAAAUGUCCGACUAAAUUUGAUAAAUGUCCGACCAACAAAUAUUCUGAACAACACACGACUAUUAUCGAAAAAAAAGUAAAAACUCGCAUGUAAAUAUAGUAUUCUAUGUACGACAGCAUGACGCUAGAGCGCGUUCUAAUUUAUGAUUGACAGUCUGAGAAUUUUAUCAGACGCUGCGUUUGAAGAAGUGAAAAGUCUAACACCUUUUUCUUGACUUUUUAUUACAAACUUCGUUUUAUUCGAAAUACAAAAUUUCGUUUAUUUCGUUUUAUUGCAGACGGCAAAGAAGCCAGACGAAGGCCCCGUUUACACUGUACCAGAUCACUUUUCAUAUCACCUCCAAAGGGGAAUGAUUUUUGCUCCGUAUCACGUACCGGAUUACUAUGGUGUAGUGUAAACAACAUCCCAAUCCGGUAUAAAAAAACGCUUCCCUUCGAUGUAAUCCGAUACUGCGGAUUCAGGUUGAGUGUUUAAAACUAUCUUUUGCCCUAGUACGUUCUGCCAUCUUGUGUGUUCGUGGCCCUAAAUCACUACGAAAAAAGAUUGAACUUGACCCAGGCAACAUUGAAAUUGCCAGUGCGACAAGCAAGUUUCAAUAA